UUUGUGAUCGCAAAAUUUAUGAUGGCGGCUCACAUUGUGAAGAUUUGUCCUAAAAUAUUUCAUCGAUAAUCGGCGUUAAUUACUCUUAACUGCUUAGACGCGUUCUUUUUUUACUCUCUCUUGUGUUAAUGCAAGUGAAAACAUUACCGUGAGUUUUAUGCAUUUAAGUUUGUAGAGUACAUCGGCUUUUAAGAACACUGAUUAUCAUUUUUUUGACGAUAGUGAAGUUUAAGAUGGCUAACAUCAAAAGUGAUUACCAACCAAUGGACAAAAUAUUUGCCAAAAUGAAGGGUUACCCUCAUUGGCCAGCUAGGAUUGACAAGCUUCCUCCGGGAAUUGACAAAGCACCAAAAGGAAAAUUUCCUAUCUUUUUCUAUGGAACUCAUGAAACAGCAUUUCUGGCACCCAAGGAUAUUUACCCCUAUGAGAAAUUCAAAGAGAAAUAUGCAAAACCACAGAAAAGGCUCGGAUUUAAUGAAGGAUUGUGGGAAAUUGAAAACAACCCAACUGUGGUGUUCAUGGGAAAUCAGCAACCUGAGGCAGAAUCCCCAGAGGCAGAAGAAGAAGAGGAGAUGGUCAUUGAUGAAGAUGAAAAACCACUGAAGGGGAAAAAGAAGCAAGCUAAACCAAAACCAGCCCAGAAAAGGAAGAAGGCCACCACAGGGGGUAAGCCAGCUAAAAGAGCCAAGAAAGAAAAAGUGGUGGAGGAGAAUGAGGAGGAGGAGGAGUUUUUAGAUGAGGAGGAAGAAGAGGAGUCAGGUCCCUCCUCAGAUAACCCUGAGGAUGAGGAUUUUGAACUGGAAGAGAGCUCUAAAUCAAAAAAGAAAACACCUCCAAAGAAAAGAGGGAGAAAGAGUGCCAGCAAGAAAGCAGCAGAAUCAGAGGAGAGUGGAGAAGAAAAAGAUGAGAAAUCCGAGGAAAGUGAAGAGGAAACGGAGGAAAAGGAGAAGAAACCAAAGAAAGCACCUGCCAGGCAACGGAAGUCCACCACCACACCCAGAAAGGGAAGACCUUCAACUGGAGGAAAAAAGAAAGCUGCCAACAAAGUUGUAUCCAGUGACAGUGAAAUAAGCAGUGACAGUGAUUCUGAUGAGGAGGUCAGCAGUUGGAAGAAAAAAGAUGAAGAAAGGAAGAAAGCAAUGGAGAAAAAACUGAAAGAAGCUGAGGAAAAGAGGAAGAAAGAGGAGGCGGAGAGAAUCAAAGCCAUCAGAGCAGAACAGAGACUGGCAGCGGAGAAGGAGGGGGAGGAGGAGGAGGAUGCAGAAGAAGAGGAGGAGGAGGUGAAACCCAAGAAGAAGUCCAGGAAAAAGAAGGAAGAAGACAAGACAACAGAUGAGGAACAUCAGUCUAGUACUCCGAAGCCCUCCAAACAUGUCAAAAAGAAAUCAGAGAAGCCAGAGGCAAAGAAACAAAAAGAGGAUAAAAAGAAAGAGAAGGAUAAGCCAAAGGAAGGGGAGGAGGGGGAAAUGGAGGAGGAAAAGAGUGAAUCCACAGAGGAAGCGAAGACAGAGGAGAGCAGCAAGGAGGAGAAAUCCCCCAAGAAACCAGUGAUAGAGUCAGAUACAGAGGAAACGGAGCAGGUGGAAAAGGUGGAGGAAAAGGAGGAGGGAAAGGAGGAAGAAUCCAAGGUGGAGGAGGAAAAGGUGGAAAAGGAUGUUGUGAAUGAGCCGAAAGAGGAAAGCCCAAAAGAGAAAGAGAAAUCAAAGGAAGACGUUGAGAAUGAGAAGAAAGCUAAAAUUGCCAGAGAGGAAGCCAGACGAGCAAGAGAGGAGGAACGCCGACGUAAACAAGAGAGAGAAAGGGAGAGGGAGCGGAAAAUCAAAGAAAGGGAAGAGGAAAAGGAGAGAAAAAAGAAAGAAAAAUAUGAACAGAAGAAAAAAGAAAAAAUCAGCUUUAUUCACACGGAGGGAAUAUUAAGUGCUAUGGACAAUGAGAUUAAAUUGUGUGUUCAGAAAGAAUCAACAGAUGUGGACAAGUGUCUGGCCAUUAUGGAGGAUUUGGAUGCUCUGCCAGUUAAUCAGGUCAUGCUGAAGAAAAACCCUGACAUCAUGAAAACCAUCAAAAUGCUUAGGAAAUAUAAAGGCAGUGAAAAGAUCCGGUUGAAGGCAGAGGUUAUCUACCAUAAGUUCAAGGCCUUCUUCUUGCAGGGAGAUGGAGAACAUAAUACAAUAAUGGAACAUCAUCAUAAAAAACACAAAAAUACUGAAACCAAAGAACGGGAAAACAAGGAAAAUGAGAUAUCUCGAGCAGCAGAGGUGACAUCCAAUAUGAAUGACACAACAGAUGGAGUAGAAACUCGGCUUGGAAUGGAUAGUGACGUUAUUCCAGGAUUAGACCGUGUGUCUGAGAGUGGUUUGGAUGCUUCAGCGAGUGACUCAGAGCUCACUAAGCGUAUUGAACAAUUAACAGGGGAGGUGGUGGCCAAACUCGAAUCCUGGCCCUCAGACAGUAGUGAUAAAGAAGACGGUUUUAAAAGUUUAAAAAGCUGGCCAGAAUUACCUCUGUUGCCAGGAUUAUCAUUGGAUUCUAAGACUGCCAAUCAUUCAGAAAAACCUAGUGGUGAAACCAGUGAAAUUGCAGCUACGGACAGUGUUGUUAAAGUUAAUGACGUAAAAUCAAGUGAAAGUAAGGAAGAAAAACUAACAGAAAGUGACAAAAAACAAGAUAAAACAUCAUCACCAAAGGAAAGUGAAAUAACAGAUAAAUCAAAGAAAACGGAACCUGUUGCAGAGAAGUCUGUUUUCUCUCCCCCAACAAAUACGUAUAGAAGGACGUCUAAUAUUUUAAGUUUACCAUUACCAAUGAUCGAUGAUGACUCACAAGAUGCUGGGUCAGAAGAUGAUGCAAUGGACAUUUCUCCUGUUGUUUCCCCCAAGAAAACAUCUAGUACUAAAGAGACCAAAGCUAAUGUCAACCAAUCGCCAGAGAAAGAAGAGGAGGAUCCAUUAGAUGAACAGGAGCGAAUAGACCUUGAUGCUAGGAUCCAGGCCAUAAUGGCCAGCAACACACUCAACAACCUUGAAACAGAGGACAGUAACGGACCAGUGUCGCCCACAGACGAAAAACCAGAGAAAGAAGAAGAGGAAAUCAUGAAGCCGGUGCUUAAAAAAGACCUUUCAGUGAAAAAAGUAGACGUACCCGCCAAAAAACUGGAAAAAGAGGCGGAGUCUGAUACGGAACCAAUCAUGGACGAUGACGAACUUCAUAGCUUAUUAGGAAUUUAAUGCAUGACCAGAACACAAAUUUCACAAUUUUCAUGGUUAUCUUCUGUACUGAUACACUACUUGCGAGAGUUUCAUUUGCCCACAGUGAAUCGUGCCCAUGUCAAAGCCCAUCUAAGCUGUUAGUUGAUAAAGCCCAUCUACACCAUUGGUCAAAAGAUCUUAUCAUUUGUGGGUUCAGAAGGAUGGGAAACAUCAAAAGUUUAUCUGGUCAUAUGGUAUUUUUCGGUGACAGAUUUCUGUGCUUUGUUUAUCCCACUGUCACAGAUAUCUUGGGCCAGGUUUUAAAAUGUAGGAAUUUUAUCAAAUGUGUGCUCUCUGCAGCCAGAUGGUCAUCGUGUUUUGUAGAAAGUGUCAAGACUGAAAUGUUUUCCUGAAAGAAUUAGACCUUAAAGUGGUACAGCUCUAGUACUGUAUGCAGUAUUAUUUUUGCCCUUUCACACUUGCAAACAAUCACUAAUUCAAGCAAGACGUAGAAACCUUUUUACACAACUGUGGCAAAUUGAAAGUGGAGCAAAAUUUGUUUGCAAGUAAGUCAAAAACAAAUACAAGACAAAAAUAACCGUGUAUACUGUAUUUGAAAUGUAUAUAGAGCAUGGUUAGAGAUGCAAAUUUCAUUUCUAAAUUUGAUAGUAGUUUAAUGAUAAGAUAUACCUAUUAUGAAGAAUUUUUUCUUUGAAGUGGUUUAAAGUUCUGUUUAUAGCAGUGAAAAGCAAAAAAGAAAAUACAGUAAAACUUGGUUAUAAAGAACUCAGUUAUAAGGAAAUCUUGGUUUUAAGGAUUUCUUUAGGAAUCCCCUUGACAACUUUUCACCAUGUUUCUUAUAGCGAGUGCAGCAAGCGGCGCGAAGGCCACUCAUCACUGCGAGCUCUUAAAGCCAUGCCUAGGCGAAGAGAAAUUCGGACUUUGCACAUUGAUCCAAACAAUUUUUUUCAGCAGUUACCUUGAGACCCACAAUGCAACCCUUGUUGUUCUUGCUGCUAACUUCGUUCUCGCGGUAACAACAAUUAAAAAUUCACAAAAAAUUAAACUCACCUUAAUAUAAUGGAUAUUGCAUACAGAUAGUAGAUUAAACGUUUUCACUUUUCGAACUUCUUAUAUGGAAAUGUAGCUAACAUUUGACGCGUCAUGUGACGUCACAGUUUAGACGUUCCAAAUGUAUCGUGCAGUUUGAAGAGGCGAAUCUUAAAAUUAAGUGAACAACUGCACUCGCCACAAUGGUCGUGCCGUCAACAUAUUUUGGAUUAAAAGAAUCCUGAUUAUAAGAAGCCAAUGACUUCCUCAUAACCAAGUUUUACUGUAAUCAUUUGUAGAGUGUAGCAAAGAUGAAGAAUAUUUUUCUUUGUAAAUUGUGAUUGUCUCUGAAAUCUAAAAUUAUUCUUACUAUGCAUAAAGAGUUUAAAGCUUGUAUUAGUACUAAGUAUUGCUUAUUAAAAGUAAUAUAAGCAUUUUUCAUGAAAGAAUUGACUGAUAGUACCAAUGAAGGAACAUUAUUCUUUUUAGAAAGAAAAAAACAACUAUGAUCAUAUUCUCAAUGCAUUGUCAUUUAUCAAUCAUAAUUCAUAUCACUUUUUUUGUAUUUUAAAAAUACAUACUAUCACUGUUUAUAUGUAUGCAUU